AUGGACACUAACGACUAUCCGCUCUACCCACCUCCCAGCUACCCUGCUAUCUCGGACUAUCGCAAUAGUAUAAAGUCGAUGCAUACGCAUGAGAGCGCCAGUUUAUACUCCGACUCUUCUUCUGAAGCCACAACAUUGGCCUCUAUUGGCAGAGACUUCCAAACGACCUUUCGACCCGGUCGAUCCCUCCACAUCGACGCCCGCGGAAUCGGGCCUUUUCGUAUGCCCAUCCCGAUCCCCGUGCCAGACUCGCGGAUGGAGAUACCAAUAUUUGAUCGCACAAAUGAAGAUAGGCUGGUUUAUGUAUCGAGCAGGAGCAAGCUGCAUUCGGGUGAUGCAAUACUCUUAGACGCCCUUACGGGCAAGGAGCUUGUGGCGACAAAGUAUUUCUUUGGGCCUGGGAAAGACCCUAUUUUGCAUAUUCCCGCUGGUCGAACUUGUGAGAAAAAUAUGUCAGCGGUGUCCGACUAUAAAAUCCAGCUUUCAAGCAAAUGGACUUCUCGCACUAUGUCUUUCGCCGUACCAGCAAGCUACAAAGCUACUGAAAGUCGAUACCAAUGGGCCUAUGGAAGCCGUAGAGAUCUAGACACUGGGAGAAAAAUCAGUCUGAUUACUCUCUGCCAACAGUCAGAGAAUGACACAGACCCUAGCGGAAAGAUCAUUGCAGAGUUCGUUCGGUCAACAGCAACAAGAUCGACCGGCUCUUCGCGAGCCACUGCAGGGAACGGAGGUUUGCUGGUAAUUGGCCGGGAUGCCAGGGAAUACGUGGCCGAGGAGGUUGUGGUAGCGACAUGUUUGGUGAUGUUAAAACGAGAAACGGAUCGCAGAAGAGUAUUUCAAAUGGCUGUGGUCGUGUAA